AUGUCUCAACCAUUAGAUACAGAAAAAGUCAACGAUAUUUUAAGGAAAAUAGACAGGGAGAGGAAGCUCGCAGAGGGUGCUUCUCAUUUAAGGAAAAAAACGAACAAUCCUUCUGUCAUUCAGAAAUGUAAUACUCAAGUUAGAGAGGCACAAAAAAAUAUUGAAUAUUUAGAGUCUAUUUUGAGGAAACUCCAAAUAUCUUCUGCAAAUGAAAGGUCUGCAUCGAACUCUCCUACGAAAAAUACAGGGCCUUUGGAUUCAGAAAAAGAUAAACAAAAUCAUCCAUACAAUACGGCUAGACAGAGACCAUUAUUUACAGCUCUAGAUUUGUUGAAGUAUGACUGUCCUUCUUUGGGUCAUAAGAUCCAAUAUAUGAUGCAACUACUAGAAUUCAAAAUCCAGGUAGAAACUCAAUAUAGAGAGGCGAACGAAAAGAUGUAUAACCUUUACCAAGUUGAUGGUGAUAGGUCAAGCAUUGCACUAGCGCAACGAGGUAGAUCUGAGAGCGAUAGAAAACUACAAUUGAUGAAAAGAGCUUUAAAGGAGUACCAAUCAAUGUAUAUUGAUUUAGAUGAUAUCUCACGUGAAAAUGCAAUGAUUAAUACAUUGAGAAAAAACCCAUUGUCUGGUAUUUUGACAAUACAGAUCAAUUCAAUCAGAGGUGUCGAUCAUAUCCAAUCUCCCAUGUUUUCUAGAAAUCCAGAGUGUUUUUUGAGUAUCAAAAUCGAUGACAGUGAAAAAGCGAAAACACGAGGUUCUAGGAAUGACAAAUGGUCCGAUUUUUUUGAAAUCAAAGUUGAGCGGGCCAAUGAAUUAAGUAUUACUAUAUAUGAUAAGGUUAAUGACCAGAAUGUUCCUGUUGGUUUAUUUUGGCUAUCCUUGUCAGAUAUUGCCGAAGAAAUCCGUAGACAGAAAGUCAGGAAGGAGAGAGUUACAAGUGAGCAAUGGAUAUCUACUGGGACCGUUGAUGAUGACAUUCAAAGUGGUGCGAAGUCUUCAAAUGCCACUUUGUUGGACUCUGUCCCUGAUCUGUCGAACCAAGAUCCUAAGUACAACCCUAAUGUUCAAUCUGCCUAUUCUGACUCAUCAACUACGUCUAUCCCAAUAAGAUCGAAUGGCUGGUUUUCUUUAGAACCAUCGGGUGAGAUUUAUUUGACAUUAGGAUUUGUCAAAACUAACGAGAGUAAAACUAGGACAGAUCAUCACAACUUUGCCAGUGGCUUAGGUCGGCAUGGUGCUAUACGUCAACGUAAAGAGGAAACGAUUGACGCACAAGGCCACAGAUUUGUACAGAAAAAUUUCUACAAUAUCAUGUCAUGUGCUGUUUGUAACGAAUUUUUGAGAUACAAUGGUUACCAAUGUGAGGAUUGUUUGUUUUUGUGUCAUCAGAAAUGUAUCAAAAACAUUAUUGCCAAAUGUAUAUCGAAAUCAAGCUCAGACAUUAAUUCUGUUGAUACUAAAUUGAACCACAAGAUUCCUCAUAGGUUUGUUCCUGUCACGAACCGUGGUGCUAAAUGGUGUUGCCAUUGUGGUUAUAUACUGCCAUUUGGUAAAAAAAAUGUUAGAAAGUGUGAUGAAUGUGGAAUUAUGUGUCAUGCAAAUUGUGUUCAUUAUGUACCGGACUUGUGUGGUAUAUCCCCUAAAACUAUAGAAUUAAUCUUGGAAGCUUUGAGAGCUGGUCAACAAAAGUCAAAAAAGAAGGCUGCAGCUACAAAAUCCUCUUCAAGCGUACCAUUAGCUAUCCAAAAGACCGGAGCGUCAGAGAAGACGUUGUUGCAUUUGGGAAAGACAAAUACUGAUUUGUUGCUUCCUUCAAAUGACCAGAACAUAAGUGCCGAAGUAGGAAGGCUUGCAGCUGAUAUAUAUCCAGCAAAAGCAGUUAAUAACAAGAGUAUCGAAGAACAAAGAGAACAAUCGCUAUCCCCCCAACGUGUUGUUUCGAGACAAGAAUCUUUAUCUCCUCAACGUGUUGGGCAGACUUCUCAAGUACAAUCUCCUGUCCGCGUGCAAACCAAACAAACACAAAUAAACGAUGACAAUAAUCGUGGAUUACCAAAGUUACCCCUUGAAGGCAAACUUGAAGGAACCUACCAUUCCGAGGAUUUAAGAGUUAGCACAAAUGACGGAACCCGAGAUAUACCUGAAGAAUUUGAACAUACUACCAUCCAGAUUGAGUAUGAACAGUUACAUGUAAAAGCACAGCAGCACCAACAAGAGCACCAACAAGAGCACCAUAAACCUCCGCAUCAAGCUCAACACCAUGCACAACAUCAGCAUCAUGGACAACGUCAAAAGCGUCGCCAUCGCCGUAGAUAUGGUUUAGAUGACUUCAAAUUCUUAUCUGUUUUGGGUAAAGGUAAUUUUGGUAAGGUGAUGUUGGCUGAAUAUGUUUCUAAUAAUCAGCUAUGUGCUAUUAAAGUCCUAAAAAAGAAUUUUAUUGUUGAAAAUGACGAGGUAGAGAGUACGAAAUCGGAGAAGCGUGUGUUUCUUGUUGCUAACAAAUACAAACAUCCUUUCAUGCUGAGUUUAUACCAAAGCUUCCAAACCGAGAAUAGGAUAUAUUUUGUUAUGGAAUAUAUUAGUGGUGGUGAUUUGAUGUGGCACGUUCAACAGAAACGAUUUUCACUAAAAAGAGCACAAUUCUAUGCCAGUGAAAUAUUACUUGCCUUGAAGUUCUUACAUGACCAUGGUAUUAUUUACAGAGAUUUGAAGCUUGAUAAUAUCAUGCUAACAGAGAGUGGUCAUAUCAAGCUAGCCGACUAUGGAUUAUGUAAAGAAAAUAUGUGGUAUGGUAAGACCACCCGAACUUUUUGUGGAACACCUGAAUUAAUGGCACCUGAAAUUAUAUCAGGGGAGCAAACAUAUGAUAAAGCUGUUGACUGGUGGGCGUUUGGUGUUCUCUUGUACCAAAUGAUUCUAACCAAGACACCAUUCAAAGGUGAUGAUGAGGAAGAAGUUUUCAACGCAAUUUUAACAGAUGAGCCAUUGUAUCCAAUAAAUAUGUCAAAGGAAUCUGUUGAUAUAAUCCAGAAACUUUUAACAAGAGAUCCGAAGUUGAGGUUAGGGUCCAGUGAACGAGAUGCCCUUGAUAUUAUGGAGCAUCCGUAUUUUGCAGACGUUAAUUUUGAUGAUGUUCUAGCACUAAAAAUUAAACCUCCAUACAUACCACAAAUCGAUGACCCAAGAGAGGCACACUGUUUUGAAGAAGAGUUUACGUCUCAAGCUGCCAAAUUAACUCCUGUGAAUACCGUUUUAUCGCCAAAAAUUCAAGAAAUGUUUAGAGGGUUUACAUACUCAAUCGAUGACGAGUAA